UGGAUGGAAUCCAGUUGCGUCCAGUCCACCAUGGCUCUGGGACUGUCCUCCAAGAAAGCAUCUUCUCGCAACGUGGCCGUGGAGCGGAGGAAUCUGAUCACCGUUUGCAGGUUCUCCGUGAAAACUCUUCUGGAAAAAUACACGGCCGAGCCUAUCGACGACUCCUCGGAGGAGUUUGUUAACUUUGCAGCCAUUUUAGAACAAAUCCUCAGUCACCGUUUCAAAGCUCCCCCACCCCCAGGCCCUGUCAGCUGGUUUAGCUCUGAUGGGCAGCGGGGCUUCUGGGACUACAUCCGGCUGGCCUGUAGCAAGGUACCCAACAACUGUGUGAGCAGCAUUGAGAACAUGGAGAACAUUAGCACAGCCCGUGCCAAGGGCCGAGCUUGGAUCCGGGUGGCAUUGAUGGAGAAACGGAUGUCAGAAUAUAUUUCCACAGCCCUUCGGGAUACCCGGACCACCAGAAGGUUCUAUGAUGCUGGGGCCAUCAUGCUUCGGGAGGAGUCUGCAGUACUCACAGGGAUGCUGAUUGGGCUUAGCGCCAUCGACUUCAGCUUCUGUUUAAAGGGAGAGGUGAUGGAUGGGAAGACUCCAGUUGUGAUUGAUUACACCCCCUACUUGAAGUUCACCCAAAGCUACGAUUACUUGACUGAUGAAGAAGAGAGACACAGCGUGGAAAGCAGCACCAGUGAGGAUAACUCCCCAGAGCACCCCUAUAUGCCCCUGGUGACAGAUGAAGACAGCUGGUACAGCAAGUGGCACAAAAUGGAGCAGAAGUUUCGAAUUGUUUAUGCCCAGAAGGGCUACCUGGAAGAGCUUGUACGACUUAGAGAAUCUCAGCUAAAGGACCUAGAAGCAGAAAACAAGCGGCUGCAGCUGCAGCUGGAGGAGGCAACUGUGCAGAAUCAGCUGGAGAAGCGGGAGCUAGAAGGGGUCAUCCUGGAGCUGCAAGAGCAACUGACAGGCCUGAUCCCUUGUGAAAAUGCCCCGCUAGCCCAGGUCUCCAAGGAGCUCACUUCAUCACCACAGUGGCCAUCGCUGGGAACACUCAAUGGGAAUGAGGCAGGGAAUGACCCGAAGAUCUACCGGAGACACAGCUUUAUGAGCACUGAGCAGCUGUCUGCUGAGGCCAGCCUGAGCUCUGAUUCCCAACGGCUAGGAGAGGGCAAACGGGACCGGGAACCCUGGGGUCCCAUUGGGAAGGACCCAACGCCCUCCAUGCUGGGCCUCUGUGGCUCCCUGGCUUCCAUUCCCAGCUGCAAGUCCCUGGCAAGCUUCAAAUCCAACGAGUGCCUCGUGAGUGAUAGUCCGGAGGGCAGCCCAGCCCUGAGCCCGAGCUGAGCCAAGAACUGCCCCACCGGGCUGGACAUGUGGCCCUCCCCUCAGUUCUUGUGGAUAAUGAGGCCACCUUUCCAACCUCCACCCAUCAUCACUCCUCCCGUCCCACUGGAAGAGCCACAGCUGAUCUGGCAGCUUGGGAGGAAGGGGAGAGACAUGGGAUCAGAUCCAAAAGCUACUUGUCUGGGGAAGGCCCUGUAAUACCACUAGGAAUAUGGGAAGGGAGGAGGGGAAAGGCCCUGGAUUGAGCUCACUCUU